UCUCACUGCUAUGAUCUUAGCUAUUUAUUUCUGAACAAGAAAGCAAAACUACCAGAUGUAUACAAGAGAAGGCAUACCAUUCACAGAAAGAAGUCAUUUUAAUUUCAUCAGUAUUUCACUUAGCAAAAACGCACCAAGAAUUGAAGAAUUUAUGUCAUACAAUGUCAAAAUAUCAAAGAGAUCCAGUGGUUAUAGCCAGGCCAUUAAAGGCUGUUGUGGAUGAACAAAUUGAGAUCUGUGUGGAAAAUCUGCAGCCAAACCAGCCAGUUACACUGUACUCCCAGUUAACAACAGUGCACGGUGAUCUGUGGGAGUCAUUCGCUCAUUAUGUCAGUAAAAUAGAUGGAACUGUUCAAGUUCUGAAUGAUAAGUCCCUGGGAGGCUCUUACACUGAUUGUGAACCAAUGGGUUUUAUCUGGAGCAUGACCCCUGCUCCAGAAGAUACAAAAAAACGCAGGUUAAUGAAAACAAAUGCCUCUGCACCAGAUGUUGUGAAAGUCUCAGUUUGUGAUGGUCACAUCCUUGAAAGGACUGAGGUGAAUGAAAUUCUGGCAAGUAUAGAGGUGGAACGCUGGUACAUGGCACCAGGGGUAACAAGAGCAGACGUUCGCCAGAGCGGAAUUGUUGGAACUCUCUUCCUUCCACCAGGGCCUGGUCCAUUUCCUGGAAUAUUAAACAUUUUGGGAAUUAGUGGGAUUGCUGAUUUCCAUGCUGGUCCCUUGGCGUCUCAUGGAUUUGCAACACUAGUCUUGGCAUAUAUCAACCAUGAAGAUCUCACAUACCCUGCUUGGUACUUUGGUGUGACAAAAGAUUAUUUUGAGAAAGCCUAUAAUUUUCUAAGUAGUCAUCCACAAGUAGUUAAAGACAGAAUUGGCAUUGUUGGAUUAUGCCUCGGACAAUAUUUCACACUGCAAAUGGGCAUAGAGUUUCCAGAAAUCAGUCCCAAGUGCCUGGUCAGUAUAAAUGGGUGUCACUUUUUGCCAGUGAAGGAUAUGUCCGGAUUUUUCUAUCUUUCUUUACUUCAGAACAAGCCAAUAGAUGAACAUUUUCCGAUGUCAACAAAAGAUUUCCUGCUUCCUCUUCCUGCUGAGACUGACUGCAUGCUUCAGGUUGGGAAACUUCGAUGUCCAUUACUGCUGAUUGUUGGAGAGGAUGACCAGACCAUGCCAUCUGUUGAAGCAUCUGCUGAUAUUGAAAAGAAGAUGAAAGAAGCUGGAAAUGGUCACUUGUUCACAAAGAUCUCAUACCCAGGAGCUGGUCAUUUAAUUGAAACUCCAUUCUGUCCAUUAAAUAAAUCAUCCAAAAUCCGAAUACCCUAUACAAAAACCACAUACCAUGUGUUGUGGGGAGGUGAGCCCAAAGCCCAUGCAUAUGCUCAGAAAGACUCUUGGAAACACAUGCUGGAAUUUCUGAAACAACACCUUCUGUACUAAAAUAAUACAAGCAGUUAAAAGUCUGCCUAAGGAGAAUGUUUAUAAUUCCCAGAAUGCUUGUUCCAUUAGGAGAAAAUUAAGUUUUACCAUGAGAAUGAGCUUAUAUUUUAUAUAUA